GCCUUGUGAUUCUUACCAUUUUUUAAAUUCUUUGUUUUCUUUUUGUUAUGUUUGCAUUUUUCUUUCUAUUCUUUUUGUAACAUAUCAAAUUAUUAUUUUUUUAACAACACAAAAGGGAAAAGGGGCAGGGAGGGAAGAGGAAAAAUCAAUUGCAAAACUCAGAUACUGGUUUCUAAACAUAAAUAUGAUUGUUUCCCCGCCCCAUGAUUUUUAGCUGCUCUUAUCCUACCGGUAAUCCGCCUUGAGUCCCUGUCAAUUUCAUUGUUCUGUAUGGGACAAUGACAAUACUGUAAAGAUAUCGUAUCGUAUCGUCAGGGGGAAAAGGCGGGUAAAUUUUAAAUAGUAUUCCAAAUACAUGGGCAGAGCUGCCCCCCAAGUAAAACAAUAGAAAUACUAAACUGACCAAACACGUCGGUUCUCCCCCCCAACAAAAAUCCUGUCUACGCCCAUGUUUAAAUGUAUUAAAUUAAUAUAUCAAGCCGAAUAAAAUAUGAAAUGUGUACGUGCCGCCGGCGCGCUUUCUCACUCGGUUUCCUCUCCGUGAGAAGAAGCGGGCGCCUGACCGGGUACAAACACAUCUUGAAUAGCGUUUAAAGGCAUUAAAUCAAUAAAUAUCAAUUUAUAAAGAUCAAUAAUAUUUAAUGAAUAAAUAUGAAAUGUGUCAAAGUGGGUUCCGCCGCGCUGAGGGAAGAGCGCAACUCUCGGCCUUGCCUUCUUUCCCUCCGUGAGGAGAAGCGGGCGCCUGGCGGGGCACAAACACAUCUUGAAUAAAGGCAUUAAAUCAAUAUCCUAUCGAUAAAUAUCCAUUUAUAAAUAUAAAUAAUGUUUAAUGAAUAAAUAUAAAGUGUGUCAAAGUGGGUUCCGCCGCGCUGAGGGAAGAGCGCAACUCUCGGCCUUGCCUUCUUUCCCUCCGUGAGGUAAACGGGGCGGCGCUGUGAGGCGCGCGGCCUCCUUCGCUUUCCCCUCGGCCUCCUUCCUCGCUCGGCGGCGGCGGAGGCGGAGGAAACUCCUCCCUCGUUGCGCCGCUUCCUUCCCUCCGGCUUCUCCCGGCCUCCGCCUCUCUCUCGCCCGGGCCAUUUCCACAGAUGAGGACGAGUCCCCUGGCCGAGAAGAAGGCGGCGGCGGCGGCGGCGGCGGCAACGGCGACCGGGCUGAGGUAACCGGGCUGAGGUAAGCGCCGGCUUCCCGGGCCGGCUUGGCUCUCUCCGCCUGCCCGCCCUAGCUUGCCUCGCAGUUUUGCGGCCAUGGCUUCCGCCUCGCAGUCCCCACAGCCGAGGAACGCCGCCCUCUUCCCCGGCCGGGGAGACCCGGCUCAGGCGGGCGGGCGGGCGGGCGGGUGGAAGCCCUCGCCUGACAAGGCCUCGUUCUUCGGGGUCCAGGCCCGAAAGUCGCUCGCGGGCUUCGCUUCUCCUCGGGAGGUUUCGAUUCCGCCGCGCCUCCUCCUUCGCCGACCUGUUUUGCGCCGGCUUUCAGGAUCGCUCUGCGCCCUUUUUGGUGCGCGUGGAGGCGGAGGAGGCCCAGCAAGGCCUCCUCGCCGUGUUACUUUCACGUGGAAGGAACAAUCUGGGGUCUGUUGACGAGGGAAUGUGGCUUUAAACCUUUUUAAUAUAUAUAUAUUGGGCUUUUGGCCUUUUCUCACAUUUGCUUUCCCUCUCCGUAGAUCAGUGAUGGCGCCACCUGUUUUGGGACUACAACUCCCAUCAUCCCUGACCACUGGUCCUGUUAGCAAGGGAUGAUGGGAGUUGUAGUCCCAAAACAGCUGGAGGGCCGAGUUUGCCUAUGCCUGGUCCAGAUCAUACCGGGUCCUCUAUGGCAGGCACCCCCAAACUUCGCCCUCCAGCUGUUUUGGGACUACAACUCCCAUCAUCCCUAACCACUGGUCCUGUUAGCAAGGGAUGAUGGGAGUUGUAGUCCCAAAACAGCUGGCGGGCCAAGUUGGGCCAGCACUGCUGUAGAUGCAUUGGGUGGGUGUGGUGAGUCACGUUUUGUUCUCCUCUUUGCACAAACCAAACUGGAUGACUAGCCGAGCAACUGCGGGGGAAAAGGUUUGUAGGGUGAGUCGUGAGAAACUCCUUUUUAAAAAUACCCCAACCUGGUCCAGCUCAUAGUUAUCAAGGCAGUUUUAUCUGUUUCCGCCCUGUUCCCAUCCUAGGUAAAGGUAAAGGUACCCCUGCCCGGGCCAGUCUUGCCAGACUCUAGGGUUGUGCGCUCACUCUAGAGGCCGGGAGCCAGCGCUGUCCGCAGACACUUCCAGGUCACAUGGCCAGUGUGACAUCGCUGCUCUGGCGAGCCAGAGCCGCACACGGAAACGCCGUUUACCUUCCCGCUAGUAAGCGGUCCCUAUUUAUCUACUUGCACUUUAAGGGUGCUUUUGAACUGCUAGGUGGGCAGGAGCUGGGACCGAAAGACGGGAGCUCACCCCGCCGCGGGGAUUCGAACCGCCGACCAUACGAUCGGCAAGUCCUAGGCACUGUGGUUUUACCCACAGCGCCACCUGCAUCCCAUCCUAGGGGUUGGUAAAAAAUAUAGGGCUUAAAAACAACACAAAUUGCAUUGCAUGGGGUUGGACUAAAUCAUAAUAAUUAUUAUAAUAAUUAUAAUUAUUUAUUAUUUAUACCCCGCCCAUCUGGCUGGGUUUCUCCAGCCACUCUGGACGGCUUCCAACAGAAUAUUAAAAUAAAUAACCUAUUAAACAUUAAAAGCUUCCCUAAACAGGGCUGCCUUCAGAUGUCCUCUAAAAGUCUGGUAGUUGUUGUUCUCUUUGACAUCUGGUGGGAGGGAGUUCCACAGGGCGGGUGCCACUACGGAGAAGGCCCUCUGCCUGGUUCCCUGUAACUUGGCUUCUCCCAGCAAGAGAACCGCCAGAAGGCCCUCAGCACUGGUCCUCACUGGGUCCCUUUCAGCUCCACAGUUCUAUGAUUCUAUGAAACACAUGGGUACAUUACUCCAUUUUUAUUCUUUUUAAGUUUUAUAUGAACUUACAAAGUUAUGCAAAUAAUUAAAAGCUGGUGGAUCCUGCUCAGCCACCCAGCGAAAAAUCCUUUGUUGCUUGCGUGGUGGUUCAUUUGCUGCUAACUGGAUAAGGCCUGUCGUAACAGAGUACUUGCUGUUUUAUUUUAUUGUUAACAGUCUGGCCUGUACCCGUGUCCUUAGGGCUAGCUUGCAGCAAGGAAUGAAAUUUUUUGGAAAAUUUGAAAUUAAAUAACAAUAAAAGAGCACCGAAACAAAAUUGCAUGGAGUAAAAAUAAAGCUAUUAUUUAUUUCAGUACAGCAAACGGAUGGAACUGGCAGAAGCUGAUAGUUUUAGCCAAUUGCAUGGACGUAUCCAGGAAUUUUGUUAGGGGGCAGGCCUUUUGUUGGGGGGACACACAAACCUCAGUUUGCUAUGUAUUUUUAUUGACUGAUUGGGGGGCUGUUGCCCCCCCCCCGGCUACACCCAUGUACCUAUGCACAUUAUUGACCAUUCAACUGGGAAAUACUCAAGCUUGCCCUCUUGAUGAAACCUUGGGGAAGAGAGUUCCGUCUAGAUAUAGACACAUUUGGUACUGCAGAUAUCAGGACACAUUUUCUGCUGAUUCCCUGAGAUGGUAGUGAAUAUGACGCUUUGAAGAGUGUAAUUGAGUACAAGAGAGGUCUGCCUCUUAAACUUGUGUACAGUCACACCUUGGGUUACAGACGCUUCAGGUUGCGCUUUUUUGGGUUACGGACCCGCCGAAACCCGAAAGUACCGGAAUGAGUUGCUUCCGGGUUUCGGUGGUCGCGCAUGUGCAGAAGCGCUAAAUCGCACGGAUCACGUUCGCAACCCGAGCGUCCACUGUAGUGCCAAAGCCACUUUCCAAAGGGUUCAAAGUCAGUCCCAUGGUUUCUAGAAAACAAUUUAAAUCCAGCAUACACACUAGACCUCUUGUAAAACAUGUGUUUGAAACUGAUGCCCCAUGAAGUUUCUGUGCAGUUACCAAGGGUGGCAUCGUGUAGUGUUUGUCCAAUAGUAGUAGUAGUAAUAUGAUGAUGAGGAGGAGGAGGAGGAGGAGGAUAAUAAUUAAUAAUAUAUUAUUUAUACCCCGCCCAUCUGGCUGGGUUUCCCCAGCCACUCUGGGCGGCUUCCAACAGAUUAAAAACGGAAUAAAACAUCAAACAUUAAAAACUUCCCUAAACAGGGCUGCCUUCAGAUGUCUUCUAAAAGUCAGGUAGUUGUUUAUUUUCUUGACAUCUGAUGGGAGGGCAUUCCACAGGGCAAGCGCCACCACCGAGAAGGCCCUCUGCCUGGUUCCCUCCAACCUCACUUCUCACAGGAAGGGAACCUCCAGAAGGCCCAUGGAGCUGGACCUCAGUGUCCGGGCAGAACGAUGGGGGUGGAGACGCUCUUUCAGGUAUACGGGACCGAGGCUGGUUAGUAUACGGGACCGAGGCCAGCACCAACACUUUGAAUUGUGCUCGGAAACGUACUGGGAACCUAACUCUGAGUGCAGCUUAGUAAGCCUUCACUGGGUUCCAGAGGUUAUAGCAGGGAUGUGCAGUUUAAGGCUAGCAGGCCAGAUGUGGCCCUUCUGGCCUCUCCAUCUGGCCCUUGGGACUCUUCCCCAGGCCACACGCACACCAGCCCUGUUCCCCCACCAUCCUCAGUGCUUUGCCUGGCUGGGCUCUGCCUUGGGACUGUGAUAGGGCUCUUGUAUGUCUGGGCAGAGGCUGGAGAGGCAUGUGCCUGAGUGCAGAAGCCCCUGGCCUUUGUGUGGCUAGAAUGUUGCCUGCUGUGUGAAAGUUCGCAUCCUGGCACUUCCCUGUGGCCUUGGCCACAGCUGGUGUAUAGCCCUUGGAUGGGUCGAAAAGGGUUCUGAACCCUUUUCAGGCAGAAGUACUGCUGGUAGGCUCCUUGUCAGUGGCAGGCUACUGAAAUUCCCAGAAUGGGGAGGGGGAGGCACUGAGAUGUUCCAGGAUCCACUGGAUCUCAAGCCAACUCCACUCCUGUGCAGUCCUCCCAACCAUUAGGCCGGCUAAUGUGACUCCAGUGCUCAGCCAGGAUUUGGAUUGCUCUGCUAAGGUUUUAAAAGACCUAGAUCACUACUAAAUAUUGUUGUACCGUUGUACAUACUUAAGCCAUCAGUGAUUUUAAUAUCAAACUCUGCAUUGUUUUGAGGUUAAAGAAAGAGCUUUUAGACACCUUUUGUGUGUGGCACACAAUCUGUUAUGGUUUCUUGUUGAAGAACAGCGUGCUGGUAUACUUCCAUCGCAUAAAAUUGUAAAAUGAAAGGAUUUUUUUUAAUGCAGAAAACACGUAUCUGGUGUUUGCUUUUUGGCUCAAGUGACAGAAUAAAUAUAGGUUAUUAAAUUUGUAAGUAUUAGUGAGGCAAGGAUAGUAAUAGACAUCUUGGAAGGGACAUGAAGUAACUUUAUAAAGGCAAAUAGGAAUGCAAAUUGAGUUCAAGGAUGCUGACAUUCUCCCUGCAACUCUUUAUGAAGUGGUGUGCUCCUUGUAGAGAGAAACAUGUUGUGGCUUGGCUGGUUUGUAGGUCUCAAUGGGGAACUCUUAAUUUGUAAUCUUGGGUCUUACAAUAAGGAUUUUAUGAAGGUAUAUUUCCUUCUUGAGAAACUUCUUCACAGAAGUUCACAAACCUUACAAAUGUAUUGAAAAGUAUUUGUCAAUCUGUGGGAGCUGAUGUCCUAUGCACUGUAGACGAGGAAAAUGUGAAGAGUAGGAAAAAGUUCAUAUUGUAUUUAUGUGUAGGCAUAAGGAGAGAAACAUGUUGUGUACCUCCUUUACUGUAGGAGAUUCUUGUAAUGGAUGUCAUGUGGACACUCUGUUUAAUAACUGUAUUUUAGAAAGCAAUAGUUUGAUUGUCUUCUAAAAAUUAGUAACUGGAUGGCUUUGAAGUGAACCAAAUCAAUCAGCUGGUAAAGGCAGCAGUGUCUUUAAUUUUAACCAAUAUAAGAACUUUUGAUAGUUACUGGUAUAAAUAAAGGGUUGUGGACCUUUUUCAUCUUGUGAGCAACCUUUUGGGAGCCGCAUGCAGGGCCAGAGACGAAAGUAGGCAGAGAAACAGAUACGACUCUUUGUACAGGAGGCUAUAUCCCUGUUCCCAGCCAUACAUCAACAUUUCUCAAUCCUCUGCCCAAGCAAGCAAGAGGCAUUCUCUCAGUUCAAGAACACAUUUCAGAGGAAAAAGCAUUCAAUGGGUGAAGGGGUGUGGCCUCAGAAAAGGCCUGGGGGCCUUACAGUUGGGCCAUAUUAAGGUAAAGGGACCCCUGACCAUUAGGUCCAGUCGUGGCCGACUCUGGGUUUGCGGCGCUCAUCUCGCUUUAUUGGCCGAGGGAGCCGGCGUACAGCUUCCGGGUCAUGUGGCCAUCAUGACUAAGCCGCUUCUGGUGAACCAGAGCAGCACACGGAAACGCCGUUUACCUUCCCGCCGGAGCAGUACCUAUUUAUCUACUUUCACUUUUGACGUACUUUCAAACUGCUAGGUUGGCAGGAGCAAGGACCGAGCAACGGGAGCUCACCCCAUCGCGGGGAUUCAAACUGCCGACCUUCUGAUUGGCAAGUCCUAGGCUCUGUGGUUUAACACACAGCGCCACCCGCAUUCCACAUUGGGCUAUAUUACCCUGGUAUAAAUGCUCUUUAGAAGAGGGGAUUCAUUCCCAUUCUUUCUUGUAAUAGACCUAUAACGCUUAAAGUGGUUAUUCAAGUCAGGCAUGGGAAUUCUGUGACUUACAGAUCUCCUUAAGCCCACCAGCUUCUCCAUUUUGCCCAGCAGGCCAUUUCGGCCAGGCCACGUUCACUUGCUGUGCAGGUACAGGUGGAGCUUGGACGAAAGGCGCUUGAACAGUGCUUCCCAAGAACCCAGCAAUUGGCACUUCAGAAGCACUUUGCAAGCGCUAAGUACAGGGCUCGCAAAAGCAAUCAGCUGAUUGUUAGGUGGUUUGGAAGCUUCCAGUUCUUAAAGGAGCUUUUAAAACGGAACAUUUUUUCCUUUCCAAAGGAAGCAGUUUGUAGUCAAAAGUGCUUCCCCCAGUUCCUUCAAUGCACGCUGCUUUCUCAGCAGAGGGAAAGAGUAUUUCCCCUCAGCAGAGGCUUCAAAAAGUCUCCCUCUGACUGAUGAUCAGCACCCAGUAGGCAAAGUUGGGCCAUGGUGAAGAUAAAGUUCUGGCCCGUUGACCAGAUCUGGUUCCCCAUCCCAGGUCAAAGUGGGCAGAAUUAUUUGGAGGACAUCCGUUUGGUACUCAGGAUAUCAGAUAACUAAUGAAUGAAAUGCUCUAUCCAUUUGUUCCUUUUUAAUUAAUGUUGGUAACAAUGAGGAUAUCUGGAAUAGGAUAUCAUUUAAUUUUCUUGAUUCCUUUUCUUUCAGAUUUGAACUCUGCCUUGCGAUUUCUUUAUAAAUCAUAUUGUGUAUGCAGCUUUCAUGAAUUAACCUGAUAAGAGAUGUUUGCUUACUGGCUUAGAUUAGUAUAUGAAUACUGAAAUGGAAAGGAACACACUAAACAGAUCAUAAUCCCUGAAACAUUUUAAAUACAUUAGGCACAAGACCUACAUGCAUAAAGCUGUAUUCAGUUUCCUUGUUUAUCUGAAACACAAACUGAAACUUGCCUAACACUUUCAGGUGCUUCUUAAACAAAGCUGGGGAUUUCCCUCAUUGGUAAUAACCACAAACAUAAAUUAAAGCUAAUCAUACUGACUUUCCGGUACACUACUGCGUAUUUAGGACUCUGCCUGGGCUCUCUUAUCUACCAUCUUGUAGAAAGAGGGCUGCUUCAUCUACUGUGUAUUUUGGACAACGGUUUGUCCCUUUGUUUCUCCUCCAUGAGUUUGGAUGCCUUUUGAGGUAUCAUUGGCAGACUCUGCAUGAGGGUUCCUGAGAUGGGGUUGAGGUUGGGUUACCAACUCCCAUUUUGAGUUAAGAUGGCAGGCCUAAUCGCCACCUUGGUGUAACUUUGCCUUCAUAGGUUUGGCAGCCUCUUCAGAUAUUAUCACCAAAGUUGGCAUGAGGGUUCCUGAGAUGAAGGUGGCAACAUUUGUUGACAUUUGGACAAAGCACCAUUUUGAAUCAAGAUGGCAAACCAGAAACAUGACUUUGAUGUGACGUUACCCAGGUCCAACCUGAAAAAUUAUACUGUCCAUUUAAAAAUCACAGUACAGUGGUACCUCGGGUUACAUACACUUCAGGUUACAGACUCCGCUAACCCAGAAAUAGUGCUUCAGGUUAAGAACUUUGCUUCAGGAUGAGAACAGAAAUCGUGCUCUGGUGGCACGGCAGCAGCAGGAGGCCCCAUUAGUUAAAGUGGUGCUUCAGGUUAAGAACAGUUUCAGGUUAAGUACGGACCUCCGGAACGAGUUAAGUGCUUAACCCGAGGUACCACUGUAUGUAUUUGGUUUCUAAAAAAUUUUGGGCGGUGCUGGGCCGUCUUCAUUCGUGUAACAGGAGGUUAUUCUUGAGACCUUUCAACAUUUCACAGUGGUAGAUUAAGAUUGCUUCCUUUCACAAGGGGUUUUGCAGUCCACUAGUGUGACCUGAUGGACAGUGGUGGGCCAAUACAAUCUAGUCUCAAAUACAAGAGUGGGUGGCGCUGUGGUCUAAACCACUGAGCCUCUUGGGUUUGCCGAUCGGAAGGUUGGCAGUUCGAAUCCACUCGACAGUGGUAAGCUCCCGUUUCUCUGUCCCAGCUCCUGCCAACCUAGCAGUUCGAAAGCAUACCAGUGCGAGUAGAUAAAUAGGUACCACUGUGGCAGGAAGGAAAACAGUGUUUCCAUGCAUUCUGGCACUUGUCACGGUGUCCCGUUGCACCAGAAGCGGUUUAGUCAUGCUGGGCACAUGACCCAGAACAGCUACUGCGGACAAACACCGCCUCCCUUGGCCUGAAGCGGGAUGAGCACCGCCCCCCAUAGUUGCCUUUGACUGGAGUUAACUGUCCAGAGAUCCUUUACCGUUACCUUUUUUACCUAAGUCUCAAAUACGCCACAAGGAGUAAGAAACUGAAAGCUGCUGUCUCCAGAAUUCAAGAGAAGGGAGGCAGGUUACUUGCUGCCAGUGUUCAAAAUUAGCAGGCGUGAGUGGAUUUCGACAUCUCCACCAUCUUGAGGUACAUGCCUGGGGAUCGUUGGAUCUGGACUGUUUUCAUACACUAGCACCCCAUUCUGUAGAAUUCGAUCAGUUAAAUUUUAUCUGCCCAAUCGGAAUGAAUUCAUGGAACCGGUUUGCUUUUUCUGUGCAGCCAGAGCAAGAGUAGUCACCGCUAGGAAAAAGAGCUUGGGGUAGGCCAGGUAUGUGGACUGUCCCUGGAUCAAGAGACUUCUCAAGGUUGUCAUCUGAACUGAGAAUCAAUCACAGUUAGUCCAAAAUUUGAAAAAUGAAGACUUUAUUCCUGCCCAAAAAUGGCAACUAGAUAUUCCGUUUUGGCGACUAACCUUGGUUUAGGGAGCCAUUUGACUCCUAGCUUAUAUAUCUGAGUUUGUAACACUGCUUGCAGAAUGGUAAAGGAUGCGAAAAAGACACCUGUAUAUGCAGUAUGGGACGCGGGUGGCGCUGUGGGUAAAACCACAGUGCCUAGGAGUUGCCGAUCGUAUGGUCGGCGGUUCGAAUCCCCGCGGCGGGGUGAGCUCCCGUCUUUCGGUCCCAGCUCCUGCCCACCUAGCAGUUUGAAAGCACCCUUAAAAGUGCAAGUAGAUAAAUAGGUACCGCUUUAUAGCGGGAAGGUAAACGGCGUUCCGUGUGCGGCUCUGGCUCGCCAGAGCAGCGAUGUCACACUGGCCACGUGACCCGGAAGUGUCUCCGGACAGCGCCGGCUCCCGGCCUCUAGAGUGAGAUGAGCGCACAACCCUAGAGUCUGACAAGACUGGCCCGGGCAGGGGUACCUUUACCUUUAUAUGCAGUAUAUUGUGCUUAUACCCCCCCAACAGCUGAUACAUUUAAAACAAAACUCAAGUAAUAGAAGAACAUAUUUGGCUAAUAUUGCACAUUGGAGUCUAAAUGUUUUUAUGCUAGUUUUUCUGAACUGAAGACAUUACCUUAAAAGCAGUAGAAAGUUUUCCGACUUAGAGCAAGAUUGAGCACACAAAACCUAAUGCACCUGAUGAAAUGAACGUUGCCCCUCAAAUCAGGGUGUACUGACAGGAAAAGUCUAUGUGUGUUGUAGUGGGAUUCUCCAGCUUUUUCAAAAUACUGAAUAAAAUUAAUCAUGAAGACAAAAUCCCCACCAUUUCAAGUAAAGCUAGAACUCCCUGUUCAGGAAACUCCCACAAAGAAAAGCAUUUGUGUGGGAUACUAGAAGCUGAAGCAUCAGUGGUGGUUUUACAAAGCGAUUGUUGCUGUUUGAUUUUUCUCUUUAAUCAUUAACCUUCUUGUGCUAGAAAGUAAUUGCUGCUAUUGAUUGGCAAUUCUCAGGUUCAGAAACAUCGAUACUGUUGUCUCGGGUAGGUGUUUGGAAAGGUUUUGUUAUUGUUAACAGAAGGCAGUUUUUUUCCUUUUUUAUUUUAUGCCCUCCAGUCCACUUCUGUUGUUUUCCUGUUGGUAUAUCACCUUCUGUUGAGAACAUGAAGCUGUCUAGUUUUGUUGCAGAUAAUCCCUCUUAUACUCAAGGUGGUAACGGAAUGGAGGUGCUGCUGACAGGAGGCUACGUAAUGGGCAGCUGAUCCUAUAAUCACUACAAUUUAGUAUUGUUGUUAUUAUAUCAUUUAUUACAUUUCCAUACCGUCCUUCACUCAGAGGAUCAUAGGGUGGUUUACAAUAUAAAAACACAAAAAUGCAUACCAUAAUAAUAAACAAACAGUAACCCCACACAUAGUUUAUAAAGCCAUAGGUUGUUUCAGUAGCCAAAAGCCAGAGAGAAGAAGGUAUGUAAAGAUGUGUAACGAAGGCACCAGGCAAACCUCCAUGGGGAGAGCAUUGCACAAACAGGGAGCCACCACAGAAAAGGCCUCUUCUCGUGUUGCCACUCUUUGGACCUCUCAUUGAGGAGGGACGUGAAGAAGGGCCUCAGAUGAUGAUUAUGGGGCCAGUUCAUAGGGUAUACAAAGUAGUAUGCAAAGUAAUUCUCUUUUCUCUCACCACUUUUUCUCACUAAAAUUUAGUUCUGUAUUGGUAAAUGACAUCAGGGGCAAACUUUUUUAAACAGGUGUUUUGUUCUACUUUAUCUCAAAUGAAUUGGUUUUUUGGGGUGUGUGUGACAUAUUCUUGAGCUUUGUCAGGGCACAAGGAACCUCAUGAAGGUGACUCAGAGCCUCUAAUGAGCCUUCAUUCUGGUGCAUGUGCUUAGCUUGCCAGUUUUUCCUGAUCUCAUGUUCCAGCACAGGGUCACCCAGUGCUGCUGGGCUGCCUGUAGGGAGUCUCAUACCUUGCAUGUUCUUCACACAGAUAUAUGAUGUCAGCUUCAGUAAAACGUUGCCAAGCUUUCUGUUUCUCAUGAUCUAGCAAGGGUCCAGGCAGGCAAAAACAUGUCUGAGCUUAAAGCAGAAAUUUGGGCCUGCUUAAAACAUGGGCCAGGGACGUGGGUGGCGCUGUGGUCUAAACCACUGAGCCUUGGGCUUGCCAAUCGGAAGGUUGGCUGUUCGAAUCCCCGUGAUGGGGUGAGCUCCCAUUGUUCGGUCCCAGCUCCUUGCAAUUCGAAAGCAAUUGCAAUUCGGUCCCAGCCACCUUGCAAUUCGAAAGCAUACCAGUGCAAGUAGAUAAAUAGGUACUGCUCCGGUGGGAAGGUAAACAGUGUUUCCGUGCGGUGCGCUGCUCUGGUUUCGCCAGAAGCGGCUUAGUCAUGCUGGCCACAUGACCUGGAAAAACUGUCUGCGGACAAACGCCGGCUCCCUCGGCCAGUAAAGCGAGAUGAGCGCCACAAUCCCAGAGUCGUUUGCGACUGGACUGAACUGUCAGGGGUCCUUUACCUUUUUAAAACAUGGGCCAGGGUUUACUUGACUACCGUUUGCUUCUUUUCUACCCCAAGUAACAGUUUAGUGUUUAGUAUGGCAGCACCUGCACUUGGGAACUCCCUGCCUCCUGAGAUCAAGCAGGUCCCUUCACUGUAGUCUUGCAGGGGCCUGCUAAAAAACAAAACCCCAAAGUUUCUGAGCUGGCACCCACCCCUCUUCCAUAACCUAGGAUGUGGAAAUGCCUGCACUCGAAUGCACAAACUUCACCUAGCCAGCCCACUCGUAAAUGUUUGCCAGCCCAGUCUUGGGACUCCAGCUGCUUGUUACACUAAAUGCUCUUGGUUCGACAUCUUCGCUUGUGCCUAGCCAUGCCUUUGACCUCCCAUGUAACGGCAGAUCCUUGCAACCUGUGACUUGCCUUAUGUACCAUUCACAUCUGAAAAGAAAAGACUUCUGCAAAACCGGAGCCACGAGUUCCAGUUCCUCAUCAGACAGGGAGAGCCAGGACGGUAGAUACUGACAGGUGGUCUGGACUCUUAAAGAGAGGGGGAGGCAGAUUGAAAAGAUGUUCUUGUGUGGUUGUGAAAGCAACUGGGAAGAUGGCACUUGUAGGAAGUACCAGUUUUAGCAAUCUUGAAAAUAUAGAAGUAGAAUCAGAACAUAAGCGGAGCCCUGCUGGAUCAGGCCAGUGGCCAUCUAGUCCAGAUCCCCGUUCUCACACUGGCCAGUGCGAUGCCUCUUCUGGGAAACGGGCAAGUGGGAUCUGAGCACACUCUCCACUUGUGAUUCCCAAUAAUUGGCAUUCAGGAUCAUUCCUGUCCCCGAACCUGGAGGCAGAGCAUAGCCAUCAUGGCUAGUAACCAUUGAUCGCCUUAUCUUCUGUGAAUUUCUCUGAUCCUCUUUCAAAGUCAUCCAAGCUGGCCGCCUUUGCCUUCUGUGGCAUUGAGUUCCAUCGCUUAACUAUGCACUGUGUGAAGAAUUAUUUUACCUGUCCUGAAUCCUGCCCCUGACGCUAUAACUUUACUCGUAUGAGGAGUUUCUCCAUCCCCUUGGAUCGCUUUGGUUCUCCCUUUUGUGAACCUUUUCCGACUCUUCAAUACAGUCAGGCCUCAUGUUACGUUUGCUAGAGGUUGAGUGUUUUCAGGUUGCGGCGACCCAGAAGUAACGGAAUGGGUUACUUCCGGGUUUUGCCGCUCGCGCAUGCGCAGAUGCACAAAAUGACGUCAUGCGCAGAAGCGGCGAAUCGGGACAUGCGCGGAGGCGAGUUACGUUCUGUUCAGGUUGCGAAUGGGCUUCCAGAAUGGAUCCUGUUCGCAACCAGAGGUACCACUGUAUCAUUUUUGAGGUGAGGCAACCAGAACUGUACACAGUGUUCCAAAUGCGGUCACGCCACAGAUUAGUACAGCGGCAUUGUGAUAAUGGUGGCACAGGGAUUGCUAUUGCUUAGGCAAUAUGUGGUAUUUGAAACAACUAAUUAAUUAUUUUCUCUCUCUCUCUGUCUCUUGCCCACAGAGCACUCUCUGGUCCCCUACGUGUUACUAUGAGUCUGCUACACAGUAACAACAGCAGCUUUGAAGCCAGUGGUCAGGAUAGCGGCUGCUGUGCAGCUAUGGCCAGCAGUUGCAGCGCUGGAGCCAAAGAAAAAAGCAUCAACACCAGUGUCAGCAAUGGCACUGGCGGGACACUUUCAAACUCUUUCAUGGAAGAAAUCCAGGGCUAUGAUGUGGAGUUUGACCCUCCGCUGGAAAGCAAAUAUGAAUGCCCAAUCUGUCUGAUGGCUCUCCGGGAGGCAGUGCAGACACCAUGCGGACACCGUUUCUGCAAAGCUUGCAUUGUCAAAUCCAUAAGGUAAAGGAGCAGUAGACUUCCGGCAUAGUUAAAAGUCAUUGUCUGUAACGAAGGGCAAAUCAUCGCGCUCACCGUUGCACAUGUUUCUGAGUUACUGGGUUAGUGAUUACGUUUCCAUGUCAGCACUGAGUUUGCAAGUAAACUUGAGUUUGUAGCCCAUCUCCAAAGCGUCGGUUGAACAGUUUUUCUCAUGUAUGCCUAAAGUGUCAGAUGGAGUGCAGUUUUAAGCAAGAGGAAGCUCCCAAUUACAUUUGGGAUGUCAAAAGAAAAGAAGUGGGAAGUCUAGGUACAGAUGGACCAGGUUGCAAGCCGGCUAGAAAGAUAACGUGCUUUUCACUGCUGCCGCAUAAAUCUGAUGUCACAAAUUCCCUCUUAAAAUUUAUGUAUUUUUAAAAAGCUAAAAGUGUCAGGGAUAAGGGUGGUUUGGAGUGAGAGGGCUACCUUAUUAUUGGAAGAUACAGCAUUUCCCUUGACUAGUAACCCAAAUGGCCAGUUUACCACCCUUGAUGUUUCCCAUCUUGCGAAUGGGGUGUUGGGAUAUCCUAUCUCAGCUACAGAUGCCUUCAAUGGGUUGAAUCCAGGAAAAUUUGAGCAGAACUCUGUCUGUACAAUGGGAGCUUUCUGGCUUCUUCCCCCCACCACACACAAAAAAGCUGUUCUUGAGUCCACUGGAAUGGUGUGGGAUAAGCUGGGGGGGACGGACGGUAUGCAGCAGCAGCCAAGCCAGAACUGGAGAAUAUGAUGACUGCAAGAAUAAUUUUAUUUGUUAUUUAUUUUAUUUCAAUAUUUGUAAAUUACUCUACAUUCAGAGAAUAUACCAGGAGCGUACAGAAAAAAUGUUUUUAUGUUGCUUUCCACUGCCCUUUUGUUUUGCAAAUAAAUAAAAAUAUAUAAAGUAACAUGGCACAUAAAAUGUUACAAAACUGGCAAGAAUAAAUAAAACACAGAAUUUGCAUUAAUAGAUAUACAGUAAACCCACAAAUUAUGGGUUCUGGGGAUCACUCUUAAAGCCCAAAUAGUGUAUAGUUAAAACACAUUGGUUGCAAUAGUGGGUAGGAUUGCCAAAAAAAAUUCCCCUGGACGCCCACCCCCUUUUAUUUAUUUAUUUUAAUUUGCCAAGUGUGUAAAGCUGAUUGAGCACGAGUUAAAUGUGUGUAACUUGCAAGCUUACUGUAGGCUGGAUAUUCUGUUUACCUCUCUAUGAUGUAUAUUAUUGCUCUUUUUGAUAGAGAUGCUGGUCAUAAAUGUCCAAUCGACAACGAAAUUUUACUCGAAACUCAACUCUUUCCUGACAACUUUGCAAAACGGGAAAUCCUAUCGCUGACGGUGAAGUGUCCCAACAAGGGCUGUCAUCAGAAGAUGGAACUCAGGCAUUUAGAGGUGGGCUUAUAGGAUAGGGUUUCUUUUUGCAGAAUUGCCGCCCAGUCCUGAGCAGUGUCAGCAUACCAUAAGACUUUUUGGAAUAGCUCAAAGGACACCUUGUCCCCAUUCCCUCACUUAGGAUGGUGGUAGUUAUGGUUGCUACACCUAUGGCCCAGUGAAGUUGUGACAUCCAGGUGACUUCAGGAAGGUCCGUUGAUCAAAUUUUUCCCACCAGUAACAUUAGAUUAAAGAAGUGAAGAGGGUUUGGGACAUGCUUUAGCUGUUAUUGCAGAAGCACCUGUCCGUGCUGUACUGUAGCAUGCUUGAUUGGUGUCAAGCAUAUUGUUGAUUUUGCAAAGUCUGUUUCUCUUAAAAUAUAAUAAACAGAUCUGUGCCCUAUUGCAAAAGUGCCACAUUUUCUAAAGUACUUUAAUUGAGGAAGCUGUGAAAUCUGUGUGGAUCAUGGUUGCAUGAAUAUUGAGAAGUUAUGUAUACCUGUACUUUCAUGUAAGAAAUCUGAAUUUUUGAGGCAGCCCUUGAAUUAGAAGCAGUUAUGGACUGAACUUGGAAAUCCAGAAAUUGAAGGGGGGAACCCACUUCCCUCCAUAUAAACAAUAUAAUUAAUAAUUUCUCUUCCCUGGCAGUAAAACACAACAAUAAUAAAUUAAACAACUAACAAUUUGCUGCCCUUUCAUGACCCUAAAAUGGAUUGUUGAGGCAGCUACCUCAGUCUGCCUAGCCUCAUACAACUUUGCAAAACAGAAAAUCUAGAAAAGUUACUAGCUUGACAGGCCACUUAUCCUGUGCAAAGUUCUUUGUAGCUUUCAUGAAAAAACAGGUUGGAGGGACCUUUUCUCUUCGGCUCUUAAGAGCUUUCCAGUCUGCUCACCCAGAAUUGCUUGAUCUCACCAAUUGGCUAUUUACAAGUCUUAGCUGAAUUCAACUUGAACAUACUUUUUUAUUUUAUUUUUUGCACCCCAAACCAUGGGAGUAAUUGACGUGAAGACACUUGCCUCAGAUUGGCUACCACGAUCUUAAGUCUGCUUCGGAAUCAUUUUGUGUCCGUUUAUAGGUUAAAUUGCUAUUUGAUCUCAUUUUCUUCCACAGGACCAUGAGCUGCAUUGUGGCUUUGCUCCAGAGAAAUGUCCCCAGUGCCAUGCCAUUUUCCAAAAGAAUCAAAUACAGGAUCAUAUAAAGCAAGAAUGUCCACGACGACAAACCUCCUGUCCAAACUGUGCCGUGUGGAUGCCUUAUGAAGAAAAAGAGGUAAGUUUCAAAGUAUGCAGCUUAUUCCGAACAGUUGUGUUUGUUUAUUUAAAUGAAGCAUAUUUAACAAACGUUUCCUAAAAUUAGAAAUAUUUUUUUCUUCCUGUCUUGUCUGAUAAGAGCGUCAGUAUUUUACAGUUGUGAGAACACCUUUCUAUAUGAUAUUCACAAAGAUUUCACCAAGUUAUUUUCUUUUUACUUAUUUCCCCCCACCCCUCACAAGCAGCUGGAUUUUUAUUUUUUUAUAUAAAUCUUGGGUUUUUUAAAAUUUGCCUUAAAAUAAAUAAAUCCACACGUCCCAGUUCCAUCUCUCAAGCAGUUUACCCUGUUAGUUUGAAACUGAACCUGGACUUCUGGCAUUUUGAACUUCAUGUGAAAAGGAUCUAGGAGUCUUGGUUGACCACAAACUUGACAUGAGCCAACAGUGUGACGCAAUUCUGGGCUGCAUCAAAAGGAGUAUAGCAUCUAGAUCAAGGGAAGUAAUAGUGCCACUGUAUUCUGCUCUGGUCAGACCUCACCUGGAGUACUGUGUCCAGUUCUGGGCACCACAGUUCAAGAAGGACACUGACAAACUGGAACGUGUCCAGAGGAGGGCAACCAAAAUGGUCAAAGGCCUGGAAACGAUGCCUUAUGAAGAACGGCUAAGGGAGCUGGGCAUGUUUAGCCUGGAGAAGAGGAGGUUAAGGGGUGAUAUGAUAGCCAUGUUCAAAUAUAUAAAAGGAUGUCAUAUAGAGGAGGGAGAAAGGUUGUUUUCUGCUGCUCCAGAGAAGCGGACACGGAGCAAUGGAUCCAAACUACAAGAAAGACGAUUCCACCUAUACAUUAGGAAGAACUUCCUGACAGUAAGAGCUGUUUGACAGUGGAAUUUGCUGCCAGGGAGUGUGGUGGAGUCUCCUUCUUUGGAGGUCUUUCAGCAGAGGCUUGACAACCAUAUGUCAGGAGUGCUCUGAUGGUGUUUCCUGCUUGGCAGGGGGUUGGACUCGAUGGCCCUUGUGGUCUAUUGCAACUCUAUGAUUCUAUGAUUCCUUUUUUGCCAUGUGUUUUCUCCCAAGAGUCCGAGCUGGUGGUCUGCUGAUCAGGUCUAGCCCCAGAAAAAAUUAAUCAAAGUGUCAAUCAAUCAAUCAAUCAAUAAUAAAUUUUAUUUAUAUCCCGCCCUCCCCAGCCAAGACCAGGCUCAGGGCGGCCAACACCAGGUAUAAAAACAAUUGAUUGAAAUACAACUUAAAAACAAGAUUAAAAUACAACAUUAAAAUGCAGCCUCAUUUCAGUAGGAACUCAAAUCAAAAACUUUUUUGGGGAUGAAAACGUCAAGUCUUCACCAAGGCCAACUAUCCAGACUGGUCCUACGUGGGCCAGAAAAAAGCCAGGGAAGUCCCCAAAUAGGAGUUCCAUCACAGAAGGAGAAAGGAAAAAGGAAAGAGGGGAAGGGGAUCAAGUUGAUUCCAAGCCAAAGGCCAGGCGGAACAACUCUGUCUUACAGGCCCUGCGGAAAGAAAUCAGAUCCUGCAGGGCCCUGGUCUCAUGAGACAGAGCGUUCCACCAGGCCGGGGCCAGUGCUGAAAAGGCCCUGGCUCUGGCUGAGGCUAAUUUGACUUCCUUAGGGCCCUGGACCUCUAGGGUGUUGCUGUUUAUGGACCUUAAGGUCCUCCGCGGGGCAGACCGGGAGAGGCGGUCCUGUAAGUACGAGGGUCCAAAGCUCCCCAUUGCUUUCAUUUUGUUAGAAAAGUAGGUUUCUAAGGUUUUGUUUUUGUUUUGUCUUUUUAAUCUUCCUUUUGUGCUUUCCACAUAAUAUCCUCCAUAGAUUGGCAAGAGUAUAUGUGAAGUCCUUCCUUGUUGGAUUAUGCUACUGUUCUUAUAGGCCAAAGACACUCAUGAGGCCGUAAGGCUAUGUAGCAAAAGAGAUUUCUGGACCACUACUCAGUGACAACAAGAAAACACAAGAUUCCAAAACACAAAGGACCUGCUGGUCUUAAUAUCAUUUAACCAUGUUCUACAAAGGUCUGCUGACUAGAUACGUAUGCACCUCCUGAAUUAAUAUAUUAGUGCUCUUUUAGGAAAUGAACUCAGUUGCUCACUGGUACUUAUUGUUUUCUCUAAUGCGAAGAUGGGAUUUGAGAGAGAGGAGUCACAUUCUAGAUGGUAUAAACAAUGUUAGUGAUCUAUUAGUCCCCUUUCGGUGCAAUUAAUUAUUGUUUACUUUCUGGUUUUGGUGAAAUGAAGGUUCAUGACCAGAUGUGCCUUUUAGCAAAUGUCUGCUGUGAAUACUGCAAUACAGUGCUAAUCAGAGAACAGGUAAGAAGCUUUCUUGUUUGAUAGCAAGGUAGUCCUGUUGUGGUUUGACUUGUGUCAAUAAGUUAAUUUCUUUAUUUUAAUAGUUUGUCAUUUAUGAGCCCCUCGUGACAUAGAAAUACGGACAGGCAGAUAAUAAUUUUAAAACAAUAUGGAGAACUGAAUGUAGGAAUGCCAAAUAGCAAGAAAAGUUUCUUGCAUUUACCAUCAACUUACAAAAACAAAUAGACUAAUUUUAUUUAUUUUUAUUUUAUAUUUUAAAAUUUUCUAUGCUGUCCUCCAUCCAAAUACCACAGGGUAAUUUACAAUAUAAAAACAAAAAUAUAAACAGCAUAAUAACAAACAAACACAGUAACUCCUCCUCCCAGUUUAAAAGGCCAUAGAUUGUUUAUUUAGCCAAAGGCCAGGAAGAAUAUUUUUGCCUCAUUCCUAAAGAUAUGUAGACUGUCUCUCCAGAGUGGUGCAUGCUCUAGUUAUCGCUCGCUUGGACUACUGCAAUGCGCUCUAUGUGGGGCUACCUUUGAAGGUGACCCGGAAACUACAGCUAAUCCAGAAUGCGGCAGCUAGACUGGUGACUGGGAGCGGCCGCCGAGACCAUAUAGCACCAGUCUUGAAAGACCUAAACUGGCUCCCAGUACGUUUCUGAGCACAAUUCAAAGUGUUGGUGCUGACUUUGAAAGCCCUAAAUGGCCUCGGUCCUGUAUACCUGAAGGAGCGUCUCCACCCCCAUCGUUCUGCCCAGACUGCCCAGACUGAGGUCCAGCGCUGAGGGCCUUCUGGCAGUUCCCUCCCUGCGAGAAGCCAAGUUACAGGGAACCAGGCAGAGGGCCUUCUCGGUGGUGGCGCCCACCCUGUGGAACACUCUCCCACCAGACGUCAAAGAGAAAAAUAACUACCAAACUUUUAGAAGACAUCUGAAGGCAGCCCUGUUUAGGGAAGCUUUUAAUGUUUAAUAGGUUAUUGUAUUUUAGUGUUUUGUUGGAAGCCGCCCAGAGUGGCUGGGGAAACCCAGCCAGAUGGGCAGAGUAUAAAUAAUAAAUUAUUAUUAUUAUUAUUAUUAUUAGUAGUAGUAGUAGUAGUAGUAACAAAGGUGCCAGGGAAGCCUCCCUUGGGAGAGCAUUCCCCAAGCAAGGAGCCACUGCAGAAAAGGCCCAUUCUCAUGUUGCUGCCCUCUGAACCUGUCACAGGAGACGCAUGAAGAGGGGCUUCAGAUGAUGACUGCAGGGUUUGGGUUGGUUUAUAUGGGAAAGGUAGUCUUUGAGGUAUUGUGACCCUGAGCCAUUUAAGGCUUUAUAGGUGAAUUGGGCCUGGAAAUUGAUUGGCAGCCAGUGCAGUCAAGCCAGAAAUGGUGUUAUAUGCUCAAACCGUCUUACCCUGGUGAACAGCCUGCCCACUGAAUUCUGCACCAACUGAAGUUUAAUAAUAUUUUUAUUAUUAUUUAUACCGUGCCAGUCUGGCUGGGUUUCUCCAGCCACUCUGGGGAACGGUCUUCUGAGUUUCUGCCGCCUUCAGAGGCAGCCCCAUUUAAAAAAAAAUUUAAAAAAUUAUUUUGAUUCACUUGUAGGAUUAUAACAGUCCAAAUCUGUGUAUGUCAACUCCGGAGUAAGUCUCAUUGAUACUUAUACACAGCGAGUAUAAGAUUUGCAGCCUUAAAUUACCUUUUGCAUUGUAUUGCUUUGUUAAUUGCCUUAGAAAUUUCAGUUGAAGGUCAUCUUGGGAAUCUUAAGUAAAUAAAAUAACCUAUGGCAUAUGCUAUAAACUAGCAAACAGAUUUUUCUUAGCAUCAAGCUUUGUGGGCCAAAAUGUAAAUGUGCAAUUACACACUGUUGGUGGUGGUGAUGUUGUGGUGUGGAGAAGAUCCCAUAUUAGUCGCACUCUGGGUGUUGAAAUCAAUGGUCUUCAGUGGGUCUGCUCUGAGCAUGACUUAGUUGUAUAUCGCCCUAUAUACUCUAUAUGUAGGCCACUGAUUACUGUUUCUUAAAAUUGUUGAUUUCUGCACUUUACAAACUGAAAAUUACAGUGUCCUCUCUCCAUCCAUCUUUAGCUUCCUAAUCACUACGAUAACGAUUGCCCAACUGCUCCAGUACCGUGUACAUACAGCCCCUUUGGAUGUCCAGAAAAAGUAAGCCAACGCUUCUAUUUGCUUCUUAUUUGGUUGAAUUUUGUGUUGCUACUUUAUUGCCCCAAAAGCCUCUUUUUCCCCUUGGUGUACCAGAGACCUCUGGGCAAUGAAAUGGGCUGAAUUAUGAGUAAAGCACAAGUGGCAAAAGACAUGUUGCAAAUCCAACCAAGCACAAGGGAGAACACGUAAUCCUGCCUCCUGCAAUGGUGAUGAGGGCAGGGAAGAUAUCAUUCACCAUAAUAUCUUUCUGAACCAGUUCUGUGAGAUUCGCAUUUGGGGCACUGUUGUGCAUUGGUUGUGGUCCUAUUUCUCGGUUUAGUUUCCAAUAGUCAUACUGGGUGAUUCUUUUGUGGUCCUUUGGGCGUGCCACAGGGUACCAUCCUGUCCUCAAUGCUAUUUAGCAUCUAUAUUGAAGCUGUUGAGAGUGGUCAUUGGGAUAUUGCAGGCGAUGGAGGUGUCAUUCCUGUGCUCAUGUUACCUACCUCUGUUUCUCUGUAACAUCUAAAUCUAAAACACGUGGGCCCUGUUGAAAAGGGUAUGGAAGGCUACAUUUUCCCCAUCUCUGGAAAAUGCCAACAUGGUAGCUUUUCUGCAUGGUGUUCAUCAUCCCCUGAGGACAUACAAAAUUAAGCUUUACAAUACGAGGACCUUCCAAAUGUGCUUUGAAAUAAGGUGAUCUGUCUGAACUUGGAAGCAGGUAGCACAUGGUAUAAUCCUGAUCUCACCAUUCAUUUAGAUCAGCAGUGACACAGGUUUGUGCAGAAAAUCUGUAUUGAGAUUUUUUUUCUCCAAAGCCUUAAAUUGCUUUCCAAUAAAGGCAUCUGAACAGUGCAGUAGUAACACUUGCAUUCUGUUCAGUUUUUCAAAUAAUAAUAUUUCUCUUUGUUCAGUUUUUCAAUUCCUGUUUCAGACAAUCACUGGAAGAUUAAGCAAGUUCUGCUUUUAAACACAGUGGUUUUUUCCUUGCCCAUUAAGGCUCAGUGCUUGACUUUAGUCAAAGGAAAUGCUUAUGGAACUAUGUGCCUUUAUUUAAUUACAGAUGCAGAGAAAUGAGUUGGCACGGCAUAUGCAGGAGUUCACCCCAGUCCAUAUGAGAAUGAUGGCUCAGACUCUCCUGAAUAUCACUAAUUUCCAUGGCGCUAUCCCAUAUGACCCAUCACCUUCCUGUGAAUGUAGCCCAGAGGUCCACAACUUCAAGGAGACGAUUCAACAACUGGAAGGUCGCUUGGUAAGGCAAGAUCACCAGAUCCGAGAACUCAUAGCAAAGAUGGAGACACAAAACAACCAGAUGAGAGAUCUCAAACGCACUAUCCGAAAUCUGGAGGAAAAAGUCGCAGAAGUGGAAUCACAGCAGUGUAAUGGCAUUUUCCUGUGGAAGAUUGAGAAUUUCAGUGUUUACUUGAAAGCGCAGGAGGAAGAUAGGCCUGUUGUAAUCCACAGCCCAGGCUUCUACACAGGGAAACCCGGCUACAAACUCUGCUUGCGGCUGCAUAUCCAGUCACCGAAUGCACAGCGCUGUGCCAACUAUAUUUCCCUUUUUGUUCAUACGAUGCAAGGGCAAUAUGACAGCCACCUGCCUUGGCCCUUCCAAGGCACCAUACGGCUUUCUAUCCUGGAUCAGUCAGAAGGAUCGUCAAGGCACAACCACGAGGAAGUGAUGGAUACCAAGCCCGAGCUGCUGGCUUUCCAGCGUCCCAUGGUCGACCGCAACCCAAAAGGCUUUGGAUAUGUGACGUUUAUGCAGUUGCAGGCGCUAAAGCAAAAAACCUAUAUAAAGGACGAUAGUAUCCUAGUGCGCUGUGAGGUCAUAACACGCUUAGACUUAAACAGUCUCCGAAGGGAGGGUUUUCAGCCUCGUAGUACUGAUGGAGCGGCAUAGGCCACCAUGCUUCAGGCUUGAGCUUUUGCUGGUCAACUGUGAUAAGGGCUGCAGAUGAAUAAAGAGAUUCAUCAGAAUGGCAGAUCCUUGAAGCAGAACCAAAACUGCCAUUCUGAGAUGCUUUUCAGAGCAUGGAAAGUGUUUCCUCUUUGAGUUAUUUGUAUUCAAAGUGGUAAAGACAACGUCCUGAUGGUCUAAAUAAGUAAGCUAAAUAACUAUGCUAUGACGGGUAUGUUACCAAAAGUUAAUAAAAACUAUGCAGUACCAUUUUUAGGAUAGCAGAGGCUUGGUCAGAUUCUGCUUUUUUAUUUGAUGGUUGCAUUACCUUGGUGUAUACAUCUCAAAGGAGCUGAAUUAUUUGACUGCUUAACCUGGUAGCUUGCUGGGGACUUUUAGCCAAGACUAGAUUUUGAACCAGGACAAACCAACUAAAUAAGCCUUGGGAGUAUCAUAGUAGAAAGCAAGCACACCUGUAACUUCAUUGAUACGCUGUCAAUAACCCUAGGCAGGAAUGUUGGUUCUCUGUUUGCCACGCACCUUUUUGCAAACCUCAGUGAGCUUGAGCUGUAAAUUGGUUGUCUUCACUUUAUCACUUCCCUUCCCAUGGAAUUUUGUAUUGAGAAUCCAUUCUCAACAGCUGCUAGUAUGGUGGAAUGUGUAGAAGUUUUUGAUCUAUCAAAAAGCUCAGUGUGGCGCUGCCCUAGAGAAGCUUAAUGAUUUCAGUCUGGUUAACUCACUGAUGAGAUCUCCAGGCAUCUUUGUCUUCAGCCUUUUGCCUUCCCAUUGUGUCUUCUUUUUGUCAUAUCUCUGAUCCAGCUGUAUUUUUGCCCUUGUAGUGGUGACAGAAAAUUCUACAAGUGUGCAAACAUGUCUUGUUUUGUACUUGAAAAUGUCUUCUUUGGCGCUCACUUGUAGACAAGUAAGAACAUGGUCUUAACAGUGAAUCCAUAAGUGACUGUGGAGGCCAAUUCUGGAUCCACACAUCCUUCCACAGUGGGGACAUUGGUUUCCGGGUGGGAGUUGAUCAUGGUGAGGGUUUGCCAAAUGUGCCUUCCUCUUACCUCGUUUCUCCUUUUCGCUCCGAGUUCACGCUUCUUCAAAGUCCACGACACCUUUGGUAAAGGCUGUUCUCCACAACUACAAAUCAGCUGAUCAGAUUAGGGUCAAGAGUGUUGUAUCUGAGCCUAAAAUUGAAGAGUGUUAGGGAAGUUUUCUGUCCAUAGUUCUGACCUGUGCAUAGUAAUCAAAAUAGAAUGGGGCUACGCUGGUGCACAAUCUCCUUGUCGAUGUUAUUUGACCAGUAUAUCCUGUGAAAGUUGUCUUCUGUAAGAAGCCUGUGAACAAAAUUCAUUGGUGCUGAUAGAAAAGGUUGUGGGUGAUUGUAGCACUCUCAACAAUAGCUAUGUGACAUUAACAGAGAGAUGUCUAGAAAUGUGCUAUUCUGGUCAUAAAUGAGGGAUUCAUUGUAAAGGCAUCCUCGGUAUUGCUCACUCAAGAAUUCAAAGCCCUCUACCAAUGUGUAUAAAGCCAUACUAUGAUAAGAACCUGCUGGUUCAGGCCAGUGGCCCAUGUAGUCCAACAUCCUGUACUCACAGUGGCCAAACCGAUGCCUUGUAGGAAACACGCAAGCAGGAUUCAGACAGGAAGAGAGUGCAUUCUCUUCCUGUGAUUUCCAGGAACUGAUAUCCAGCAGCAUUGCUGCCUCCAACUGUGGUGACAAAGCAUAGCCAUUGUGGCUAGUAGCCAUUGAUUGCCCUCUUCUCUUUCCAAACCACCCUAGUUGGUGGCCAUCACUGUGACAGCUUUGUCUUUCAUUGGCUCUCAGCCCUAUAAGACGUGCAUCCUGAAUGAGUGAAAUGGGUUUUUUAACAGCAAAGAGGAUUUACUAUCAAUAGGAAGGCAGUGGCAAAUUUUGAGGAUGUGUGAGAGAGAGAGACAGAGAGCACAGUUUUCAAAAUACAUGGUGGCACUAGGAUUCCUUUGGGAUCGAUAUAAACAUGAUGUCAUGAAAGGAAGCAUUUUAAAGCUUCCUUUGUGUAAAUUGAGGUAAACAGUUAAGAUUGGCCCAUUGGCUGGUAUACCAGAUCCCCUUCGUCGUCUACUUUCUGCUUAACUUAUUUAUUGUAGAAGAGAUGCAUCUUUGGAAACAGGGACCUAUGGAACCUUUUCGGAAAAAAUAAAAUUUUGCCUAUACUGAAGAUUCAAAGAGCCAUAUGAGCAAAAACAUAAGUGCCAGUUUAUAAACUAGAUAUUGCUAUGUACUGCCUCUUUGUCUUGUGAAAAGUGUAGGUUUCCAGAUUUUUAGUAUUUAAAUGUUGCAUUAGUUUGUGUUCUCUGCUUACAGCCAGAGUUCAUGUUGGUUGUAGAGGUUUUUUUGUAAAUAAAUAACUACCCCUAUAGCUGUAUACCCUAGAUCCUGGGAAUAUAGGAACAAGCCCCUUUGAACUCAGUGGGACUUAAUGCCUUCCUUUUAUUUCAUGUUUAUUUUGAUUGUUAAGUCAGGGAGCAGGACUCUGUUGUCUGUUCAGCGUUCUAUAUGUGCAUAGCUUUGGAGUUCCUUUUAAGAAUUCAUUUGAUGCCCAUCAAAGAAAAUGAAGUAGUGUGAAGACUGCUGGUUGUGCACAGUGACAUCUAUAUGCUUCUGUACUAGUUUCCUUGCUGUGGCAGGAAAAACCUCUUCGUGAGGAGAUGAGACACUUUCUUUACCCUAGAAGGCAAAUGCAGAGCUCUGCUUGCGAGUGCCAAGCUAGAUCAAUGGCCUUGGUGCUUCUCCAACACUGUGACAGCUCCUCUCUUUGCAAAAGAUACUUGUCCCACAUCAUAAUAUAAGUAGAUAUAUUCGAAAAGGAUAUGUUGCCUUUGAGAACUGAAACAUAUUAAAUUCAGUCACUUUAGUAUGCUUUCUUCUUCUUUGGCGAUCCCUCGUGGCCGAGUAAGAUUGUCUUCCAUGAACACGGUCUUAACAAUGAGUCCGUAAGGGACUGUGGAGGCCAAUUCUGGAUCCACACCUCCUUCCACAGUGGGGACAUAGGUUUCCGGGCGGGAGUUGAUCCCGGUGAGGGUUUGCCAAACGUGCCUUCCUCUUAGCACAUUUCUCCCUUUUGUCCUGAGUUCGAGCACAUGUGAUGGCUACUUCCUACAUUUUUGGUGGGGUGCAAGAGCUUAAGGGUUUGGAAAGAGGCUUUAUAUACUACUGAGGGUUUGGGUUUUGUUUUACCUGAUGAGAUAUUGGAACAACCAGUUGGGGACAGGCACACAUUCCAUGAAACACUGCCAGGUGGAGCCUUUUCCAUUGAGAGAUGGUUUCUCUUUGCCAUAACUGGCCUAACACUGAUAUAGCACAACAGAUCUGCGUUACGGGUGAUAAGGAUGCACUAAAAUAUUGUCAAAUAGUGUCAAUUCUACUAGUUUCUCAGAAGAAUACUUAAUCUAUUUUGUAACUCAUGCAGAAGCCUGUAUAUAGUAUUGAUAAACUAAUAAAGCCAUUAUACUGUUCACUUUGCAUUGUACUAGGCUAUUGUUUGCCAUAAUCAUACCAAGACAAGGACCUGACAGAAAUAUCGCUGAGUUUGCUGUGCUUCAAGAACCUGUAUUUUGGCCUUAUUUAGUAGCCCACCGCUCUCAACAGGGAAGGAAAGUGUUUGUUUAGUGAUAGCUAAUAGAAGGGACGCGGGUGGUGCUGUGGGUUAAGCCACAGAGCCUAGGACUUGCCGAUCAGAAGGUCGGCGGUUCGAAUCCCCGCGACGGGGUGAGCUCCCGUUGCUCGGUCCCUGCUCCUGCCAACCUAGCAGUUCGAAAGCACGUCAAAGUGCAAGUAGAUAAAUAGGUACCGCUCCGGCGGGAAGGUAAACGGCGUUUCCGUUCGCCAGAAGCGGCUUAGUCAUGCUGGCCACAUGACCUGGAAGCUGUACGCCGGCUCCCUCUGCCAAUAAAGCGAGAUGAGCGCCGCAACCCCAGAGUCAGUCACAACUGGACCUAAUGGUUAGGGGUCCCUUUACCUUUAAUAGCAGGCAACUUGUGCCAUUCUAGUGCAGACAGCUCUGGUCUGAUGCCCUGCAGAUCUACAACUACAACAGAGGCUAUAACUCUUCUCUGCCCCAGCCAACAUGGCCCGUGGUCAGGGAUGGUAAGAGAUACAACUAAAAACAUUUGGAGGGGGACCACAUUUGCGGAAGGCUCUUGCAGAGGUUGGAUGGCCAUCUGUCAUGGAUGCUUUAGUUGAGAUUCCUGCAUUGUGGGGACCUCUUCAAACUAUGAUCUUUUUAGUUUGGCUUUUUACAACGAUAAAGAAUCAUGUUUAAUGAUUAAAUUUCAGUAUACCUGUGGAAAUGUUUAUUAUAAUGGGUGUGAUGUUAAUGUCAUUCCCUGGAUAGUUCUCCUAUGGCAGUUUUUAAAGGAUUGACAUCUUUUUGACUUCCUCGUUUGCAUCCCGCUUUGAACACACAGUGGAAUCCCAGAGAAACUGGGGCAUUUCCUGCUUUCUUCCAGUAAGGUGCAUGGUGGGUACAAGCUACACUUCAGUGUCUUGUCACUUAAAACCAAAAUGCAAUACAACCAAUUUGUAUUAGUAGAGUGGCUAACACAGAGAUGUGAAACUGAAAAUUUUAGAUUUUAAGUCGGACACAAAGUGCAAUCUAUGCGUGUUUAUUUUGUGAUAAAACCGUGGCCAAUAAACCAUGUAACUGUGC